UUUCCAGGGGCUCGUCCCAAGUGGUUGGAGAUUUAGUUUAGCUUUAGUUUUGGUUUUGGUUUUCCCCCUCGUGAGAUUUACCCUUAUUAUUCCUGCCUUCGAUUUGAUUUUAAUUUAUUAUGGAGUGCGUCUCGUCUUUGCAGGUGGAGAGAGAGUAUAUCCCUGCCCCGUUUUCUCUGCCGCCCGCCCCGCCCGUGCCAAGUGCGGCCCAAAACCCGACCGUUCAAGUUGAAGUUGCAGUUCAGUUCUCAGUUCAGUUCAAUUCCCCUGAUCCUCUCUUUCUGCCUCCCUCUCUGUGGCUGUUACCUGCUCGGCGUCCCAUCCUCUCCUCUCCUCUCCUUCCCCCCCCGUACUAUCCUCCCUCCCUCCCUCUCUCCCUCUUACUACACUCUGACUCCUCUUCCUUCCUCCCUCUCUCCUUUGCUUCCUAUUCUCUCUCUCUUCCCUCCUCUCUCCUCUUCUCCUCCGCGUGUUCUGUUCUUAUUCUUCUGCUUCUGCUUCUGCUUCAUUUCUUCGUCAUCACCUCUUCUGCUUCCACCAACAUUCCUCCAGACCGCUUCAACUCAACUCUGCAACAAAUUCCACUUCCCCUCCUCUUCCCCCAUUAUCUGACGCCAAUCUUCCCCGGUCGCUGGGCGACCGCCACUUCCUACUGCCUCUCCGCUAUCAACUAUACUGUGCCCUCCCUCCCCCUCCGGUUCCGAGCGCGCCCUUCAUGUUGUUGCGACCGUCCCAACACUCUUGUCUAUACCCCGGGGUCAAUUGGUCUUUCUAAGCGCUAGGAUUUCCCUCUUCUUCCCGCUGGCAUUGUUAGGCUAGUCCGUGGUAGCCCGACUUCCUUCCUCUCUCCCUCCCUCUCUUCCUCCCAUC